GUACAGUCUGCAGGUGGAGGUAUAUACGGUUGUGGUGACAUCAGGAGCCCUGGGGGAGGGGACAUUACUAUUAACCCCUUCAGGUCCACAAAGAAGAAGAUCACAAGAUCCAGAACUUUCUGUGUAUUUGUAUCUUUCUCUGUUAUUGUUUCUAUUAGCAGCCGCCAUUUCCCAUCGUCUCCUCUUCUUCCCUUCAGGUUUCUCCAAUCCAGGAUCCUCUGCUGAUAUCUUCUAUAUAAGAGAAUCUCCUGGAUGACCCAUCAACCAUGGAGAGAGACAGGAACAAGAUGGCCGACAGGAUCAUAAACCUCACCCUACAGAUACUCUUCCGGCUUACUGGAGAGGAUUACACAGUAGUGAAGAAGUCCUCUAGUGGGUGCUGUCGGGCCCCUAUGUGUGAAGGAUGGGGAAGAACCCUGAGCCCAAUCCCGAGGCCCCCACCUCACUCCCUGAUACAUGAGGAAAUGGAUGAACAGAAGAUCCGAGAACUCAUCAACAAGAUGAUGGAGCUGCUGACUGGGGAGGUUCCUAUAAGGUGUCAGGACGUGGCGGUCUAUUUCUCCAUGGAGGAGUGGGAGUAUGUAGAAGGACACAAGGAUCAGUACAAGGAUCAGGUCAUGAUGGAGGAUCAGCAGCCCCUCACAUCACCAGUCAGAUCCAGUAAGAGAACAGCACCAGAGAGGUGUCCCCCGUCCUCUUCUUCCACAGGAUGAUCAGGGAGAAGAUCCGAACAAUAUUAAUGCUCCAGAGACAGUUGUGAGCGGUGAUGAGCAGUAUAAGGC